AUGUCUGAAGCUGCCGCUAGCAAGAGAAGAGUUUUCAAGACCUACUCCUACAAGGGUGUCGAUUUGGAAAAGAUGUUGGAAAUGCCAACCGAAGAAUUCGUCAAGUUGGCUCCAGCCAGAGUUAGAAGAAGAUUCGCCCGUGGUUUGUCUUCCAAGCCAGCUGGUUUGAUGAAGAAGUUGAGAGCUGCUAAGUUGGCCGCCCCAGAAAACGAAAAGCCAACUGCUGUCAGAACCCACUUGAGAAACAUGAUCAUCGUCCCAGAGAUGAUCGGUUCCGUCGUUGGUGUGUACAACGGUAAGUCCUUCAACCAAGUUGAAAUCAAGCCAGAAAUGGUUGGUCACUACUUGGGUGAAUUCUCUAUCACUUACACUCCAGUUAGACACGGUAGAGCUGGUGCCACCACCUCCCGUUUCAUCCCAUUGAGAUAA